AUGCAAAGUGAUCGGCGCUCAUCCACGAUGGUCGUGUCUGCCAUGCAAGGUGGUGGGCGACCAUGCAAAGUGGUCGGCGCUCAUCCACGAUGGUCGAGUCUGCCAUACACCGUGGCGGGCGACCAUGCAAGAUGGUCGGCGUUCAUCCACGAUGGUCGGGUUGGCCAUGCAAGGAGAAUGGAGUGUGAGGAGGUGGCGUCUCUGGUUUCUGGAGAAACAGAGCAUUGUAGGGAGCUGCCUUCUUUUCUUGUUUCAUGUUUGUUUCCAAGGAUGGGAGAUCAGAGUGGGGAUGAGGAACCUGGUGGUGUCAUGAAUGUCUGCGAAGGCCUCGGUGGUGAACCCAACGAGAGUUCGGAGCACGGUCAGGUUGGAGUCGAAGACCUUGACCCGCUCCAAGCCUUGAGGUUGGGACUUGAGCUGUCGGUGAGUCUGCCUUAG